GGUGUGCUUGGUAUCGACAGUUAGUUGCUUGUAGUGUGUCCAUCCGUUGUAUUUACAGAUUAGUGUGCUCAACUUGUAUAACACAUGGUGGGGAAGGAGCGAUCUAUUUCUGACCAAAGAUGUCAAACUACGAUAAGGAUCUAUAACAAUAUUUGGAGAUAGAUACGAGACAUUGGACAGCAUUUGAAGCUUCAACCGUAUGAAACGAUUCGACGCAUAUAUUUGACGUCAAUGUUGAAUGAUGCUGUAAUCGACUACUGUUCCUUAUCAAGAUUCCAGUUGCAUCAUGGGAAAGCGCGAUGUUCAAAAUCCACUUCCGGUUGUGUGUUUUUUUCAGUCAUGGAGGAACGGAGCAGCAUUGUAAAGACCUCACUUAACAAUGUCUUGGCACAACGAAAGAGCAAGAGUUACCGGCGAUCCAUGCGAAGCUGCGUUGAAGCAACUAAUCUGGGAUACACAUCAGGCCAUCUGACAGCUCUAAGAAUACCAAGAAGUAGAAGAACUCCAAAAUCACGUGAUAUCACAAAACAGGUUGACCCAGACCAAGUGGCACUCCUGGUGAAGAAGGAAUGGGAGCUGUCGUACGUCACACCUUUGUACCAGUUCAGACACACUCAGUUGAAAUCCUAUUCAAAGCACCUAUCAGCUUUCAUUGUAUCAGAGAAGCAACAGGGCCUAGCGAUUGAAGUUGGCCAGGAAUUGGGCUUCAAGGUCAAUUUCUCGGUGGUCCUUGGGUUGGCAGAGACGGAUGAAGAUGCUGAGACGGUUUUCAUACAGAUUCUCUCCAGACAAGUGUUUGCUGCCAAAGAUGAUGCUCAGAAGGUUGUGUGGAGUGGCUGGCUGACCUGCGUCAACGGUGACUUGGAGUAUCUCCGAUCACUACCAUCAGAAUUUGUCAGUUUGCCUUUGCUCUGUACCAGGGGACCAGAGUCUCUCACAGUUUUGGUCAAAUCCUGGUUUGAAAAGACAUUUGACUGUUGCUUUGGCCCUCUUGGUAUCAACUCUACCAACCUCCAGUGGCUCGCAGCCCUGUGGAUUGGGUGCCACCCCACCAUCAACAUCCAAUACCUGAAACUGGUUUGGACCCUCCCAACACUACCCCCUAUGGAUGUUAAGUACACCAUCCACCCACAAGAUGCCUGGGAGCUUUGGGACAGUGUGCGGCAGGAUGACACAACAGAUGUCAGCAUCGAGGAGGUCACCAGGUUCAUCAAAGGGCUGCAGUCACACUUCUUCAGGCACUUCAGGAUAGAAUUGUCCGCUGGGUCACUGAUGCAGGUCUCCACGGCUUUGGGUUCUUCUCACCAUAGUGGAAAAAUCAAGAUUGCAAGCCCUACCUACAUCACCACCAUCCUGCAGCUGCUGACAGAAUGUGCCCUCCUGAAGAUGCCCAUCUAAUCAACAUUUGUGCAUGUAAACCCCACAAUUACUGUCCAUAUGAAAUUAUACUGUUUGACACUUAUAUUCCUGUAAAUAGCAUAAGUACCUGUAUUGUAUGAAAAGGCAAGUGCAUACAUUACAAAAUAACCAUUCCUGCUGCUUUUGUUCUCUAUAGAUAUUAUUCAUUACACGCUAAAAGUGUAGACAUAAUUGUGCUACCGCUUAAAACGGCACAGCACGGUUCUGUCAGUGUGUGGGUGAUAAUUAAGCAAUAAGCCCCGGAGGGUGAUUUAUGGCCAAUAUACCAUGGCUAAGGGCU